AUGCCGUUGCUACGAACCUUGCUCCUUCUACUUGUCUUCUAUGCUGCCGUGUCCGGCGCGCCAUCUCCUCCUCCAGUGCCGGGGCCGCCGGAGCCGAACAACUGCCCUGACAAGUGUGGGGACAUAGACAUCCCCUACCCAUUCGGCAUCGGCCCCAGGUGCUCGAUGUCCGACCGCUUCGUCCUCAGGUGCAACGAGACGACGAGUCCCCCCACCCUUCUCAAGGGAAGCGCCAAGAUCGCCAACAUAUCGCUGGAGACGGCGCAGAUGGUGAUAUACACCUACCUGACCUACAAGUGCCGCGUGCCGGGCGGCAACAAUACUAUCGAGGACACGACGCAGAGCAUGAACCUUAGAGUCGGCGACCCGUUCCUGAUCUCACCGUCGGAGAAUGUGUUCACGGCCAUCGAGUGCAGCUUGACGGCCAGGCUCAAAGGCAGCAGCAAGGCCACCGCCGCCUACCUCACCGGCUGCAUCACGACGUGCGCCAGGGUCAACAACACCGGGGACGACGGCACGCCCUGCAGGGGACACGGCUGCUGCCACGCCUUGCUCACGCCCGGCCUCAAGAAAGUUAGCUUGGUGUGGGACGUGAACGAGCAAGGCGCACGUCCUGUGUCUGGCAAUCUGUGCCAGUAUGCCUUCAUCGCUACCAAAGGCUGGUACAAUUUCAAAAAAAGUGACCUGACUGGGAAUAUGACAUUCCUCAAUAGACUUGGAGGCGACAGAGUCAUUCCAGUUGUUCUUGACUGGGCAAUUAGGAAUGGAACAUGCCCAUCGGCGCCAAAAGGGGAUAACAAUGAGAAUCUUUCCGAUGGCGCUUGUGCUAGCACCCAGAGCUACUGUGUAAAUGCCAGUAAUGGAGAACAUGGCUAUUUCUGCAGAUGCUCCAAGGGAUACACCGAUAUUAAUGAGUGCGAGCUGCGGAGAUCCCCAAACUCAACAAUGUACAAGAACAUGUAUCCUUGUCACGGCGGGACAUGCCAUGAUAGAGAAGGAACAAUCGGUGCCAUUGCAUUACUCGUUGUGCUACUAAUAUUCUUACACAUGGAACGCGAGAAAAGAAAGCUGAGGGACCGGUUCAAUAAGAACGGUGGAGAGUUACUCAAAAGUCUCAAGAUCGAGAUCUUCACAAAGGAGAAGCUAGACCACAUCACACAUAACUACUGUGACAUCAUCGGCCAAGGCGGCUUCGGCAAGGUCUACAAGGGAACCAUCGACGCUGGAGACAGUGCACAGGUCGCCGUGAAAUGCUCGAUUCCCAUCAACCAGGACUGGAAGAAGGAGUCCUUCGCGAAUGAGAUCAAGAUCCAGUCCAAUAUCAGCCACCGGAACCUGGUCCAGUUGCUAGGAUGUUGCCUGGAGACGGAGGUGCCCAUGCUGGUCUACGAGUUUGUGCCCAGGGGGAGCCUCCACGACGUACUCCACGGCGAUAAUAAGAACCCUCUCCCGUUGGAAAAACGCCUGGAUAUCGCCAUCUACUCAGUGGUUGCCCUCGGAUACAUGCACUCGGAGGCGAGCCAGAGGACCAUCCUCCAUGGAGACGUGAAGUCGGGCAACAUCCUCCUGGAUGACGGGUUCGCGCCCAAGGUGUCAGACUUCGGGACGUCGAGGCUCAUGUCCAUCGACAAGGACCAUACCAACUGGGUGGUCGGGGACAGCAGCUACAUCGACCCCGUGUACAUGAAGACCGGGCUGCUCACCGAGAAAAGCGACGUGUACAGCUUCGGCAUCGUACUAUUGGAGCUCAUGACCAGGAAAAAAGCAAGGUAUGACGGGAACCAGAGCCUGCCACUGGAUUAUGUCAAGGCUUCCAUGGGCGGGGCGGCGAGGGAGAUGUUUGAUCCGGAGGUUGCCUCGGGUGCGAAGGAGAACGAGGAGUGCCUCGAGGAGGUGGGCAAGAUCGCGGUGCAGUGUCUUAAGGAUGAUGUGAACGACAGGCCCACCAUGAGUGAAGUGGCUGAGAGACUUAAAAUAUGUAAGUGCCGGUGGUUGGAGUAUGACAGGGAGACGAAUGAGAUAUGCACUUAG